AUGCGACUCUCGGCCUUCAUCUGUGUGUUUUGGGCCGUUUUCGCUUCAUUUUCCGAGGGCCUUGAUUAUUGCUGCUGCGGGUAGGCUAUCUCCCAGAAAUUCAUUACAGAAAAUUUGAAAAAAAUAGAUCUGUUAACUCAAAAAGAAGGUUUCAGAUACGUCUUUUUGUCAUAUAAGUUAUAUGAUAUAACCCUAGAAAGUAAGCGUUAAACCGUUAACUAGAAUAUCGAUAAGGGCUCAAAUUAUAUUCGACAACUGACUCGUCGGAAGAGGCUUUGCUAUUGCUUUAAAAUAACUUCGAGAUCUUCUAUCGAAAUUUAUUUGAAGAUGCCCGAGUCCUUGCGAAGUGGUGGUUCCAACCAGGUGUCCUCCUCCGACAACUUCUUGCCGAGGCCUUUUGCGGGAGCUAAGCAGAGUUUGUCCAGGUAAUCAAUGAGAUUCUCCUACUUCCGAAUAAAUUGAAAAACAUUCUCUAUUUUUGAAGCUUGAACUUUAGCAGGGAUUUCCAAAAACGCUGAUGAUGCUGUUUUUGUUCCAAUCGGUAAAGACUCAUGGCGCCGACCACCGAUCUCUCGAAAUGAAACGGUUUGUUUUUCAGUAUUCAAUCAGCAACAUUACUUUCUCAGAUUGGCCGAGAGUCUUCGCUUUCUAAAACUAUAUUAUCAGAAAAGGUUAUUGUGGAAAACGGGGAGCCUGUUACGGUUUAUCUAUUUAUUUUUUUCUUCUGAUAAAGAAUAAAGUCUUUUCAGGUAACGGUGCGUAAGACACCGAGUGGUAUCCAAGUAUUUAAAGCGCCUGGAGAACCGGUUUAAAACUUCGAAAAUUGAGGAAUGGUAGUGUUUUUUAGGUUUCACCACCAUCAUUACACGGUUCUGAUAAUGGAAAUCAAGGGCUGACGCUCAACGAAAUGCUUACAGGGAUUCAAAAAAGUUUCACGAGUCCACAAGGGUUGCUUUGCUUUCAUUCAUACCGGUUUUUCACGUUUUUCAUUUUAGAGGGCCUUUUCAACAAAACAUCGUUGGAGGAGUCGGAGAAAUGACCACAGGAAUUUUAGAAAACGUCAUGAGGUUCCUCGUGGGAUAUAAUUCGGAAACUGUAUUCUAG